UAGUCCAAUUUGUUUGCUCAAAUCACACACUAAUCCCCCAAACAAUCUCCAAGAUGUUCAAGCUGUCCGCUCUCGUUGUCCUCGUGGCUGCCAUCGCCUGCAGUGUGGCGGAGGCCAAGCCUGCCGUUGUGGUGGGUGCCGCUGUGCCCGCGGGUGUGGUGACUGCCACCAGCUCCCAGUAUGUGGCACGUAAUUUCAACGGAGUCGCCGCUGCCCCAAUUGUCGCCCCAGUGGCUGCUGCCUACACUGCCCCAGUGGCUGCUGCCUACUCCGCUCCUGUGGCCGCUGCCUACUCCGCUCCUGUGGCCGCUGCCUACACUGCUCCUGUGGCUGCUGCCUACUCCGCUCCUGUGGCUGCUGCUUACACCGCUCCUGUGGCCGCUGCCUACUCCGCCUAUCCCUAUGCCAGCUAUCCUUAUGCCGCUGGCUACACCACCGUUUUGUAAGGCUCUAAAACGGACUGAAAACUGACUUCGGAAUGCAAUAAAAAACC